CGGUCUCGUGCGUGCGCACGCGCGCUGUCCCCCGGAGGCGUCUGGGUGUGCGGAGCGCGCGCGCGCGGCUCGGAGGCGCACCUGUGAGGUGUCCCUUGAGGAGAGGGAGGGUGGGUGCGCGGAGUCCGCGCCCUGGGGCGCUUCAACCCCUCACUUGGAAGCGCCUCGCGUCCCAGCAGAGCCCCGGAGCAUCCUACUCAGGUGAUGAGGAACCCUCCGGGCACCCAGCGCAGAUCGCUGCUGCCGCUGGACGCCUCCAUUGUUUGACCAUAACAAGGGCCGGAUUCUCACCCAGGAUCCCAAGGCUCUUGUUGCCCUUCAGCCACUGUGGGCCCUGACUCUUCCUCUGGAAUGUCUUGGGGGUUUUGACUUCUGUCACUGUGACCUGCAAAUCCAAGAGACACAUCUCUGGAAGAGAGAGCUCCUUCCUCAAGAUCACAGAAGGAGACCACCAGAGCAACAGCUGUGCAGGGUGACCUCACAAGGAAGGGUUGACACGCCUGGACCUGCGGUGCUUGCUUCCUGGGAGGCUCCUGUCUGAUGCGAAGGAAGCAGGAUGUCAUAGUGCCUCUGCAAGGGGAGGCUCCCGGGGACCGAGGCCAGCACACAGGACCACGCCCUCGGCCGCAGGGGACACUGGGCAGGCCUUUCCCUGCAAGUGAGACGAACGAGAUUAUUCUGCAAGAGGAAGAUUCCAGGGGCUUAAAAGCACAAAGGUUUGCACCCUGGCAGCCUCUUGGAAUGUUGACAGCUCAGGAUCUAAAAGAAAGUGCUGUGUUAAUGAGUUCCAGAGUUGAUGUGGAUAUACAUGUCACUUUAUAACCAGUAAUAAUACUGAGUGAGGAACACUAUGCAGGAAGAAACCUUCCAUAGAAAGACAGGCAGGGAAAAGCUUAGGCCGACCUCAGACCUCCCACAUAGAGCCAGCUUGAGAUAAACGCCACCAUGGCCAAAUGAGAGACUCUGAGACAGCCGCCUGUAACUGUAGUCUUUGUAAGGAAAUCUCUAAAUCACGAUACCAAAUAGGAACCAUGAUCUACAAGUGCCCCAUGUGCAGGGAGUUUUUCUCUGAGAGAGCAGAUCUUUUUAUGCAUCAGAAAAUUCACACUGCUGAGAAGCCCCAUAAAUGUGACAAGUGUGACAAGGGUUUCUUUCAUAUAUCAGAACUUCAUAUUCAUUGGCGAGACCACACAGGAGAGAAGGUCUAUAAAUGUGACGAUUGCGGUAAGGAUUUUAGUACUACGACCAAACUUAACAGACAUAAGAAAAUCCACACAGUGGAGAAGCCCUAUAAGUGUUACGAGUGUGGCAAAGCCUUCAAUUGGAGCUCACACCUGCAGAUUCACAUGAGAGUCCAUACAGGUGAGAAACCCUAUGUCUGUAGUGAGUGUGGAAGGGGCUUUAGCAAUAGUUCAAACCUCUGCAUGCAUCAGAGAGUGCACACCGGAGAGAAGCCCUUUAAAUGUGAAGAGUGUGGGAAGGCCUUCAGGCACACUUCCAGCCUCUGCAUGCAUCAGAGAGUCCACACAGGAGAGAAGCCCUAUAAAUGCUAUGAGUGUGGGAAGGCCUUCAGCCAGAGCUCCAGCCUCUGCAUCCAUCAGAGAGUGCACACCGGGGAGAAGCCCUAUAGGUGCUGUGGGUGUGGGAAGGCCUUCAGCCAGAGCUCCAGCCUCUGCAUCCAUCAGAGAGUGCACACAGGGGAAAAACCUUUUAAGUGCGAUGAGUGUGGGAAGGCCUUCAGUCAGAGCACCAGCCUCUGCAUCCACCAGAGAGUGCACACAAAGGAGAGAAACCAUCUCAAAAUAUCAGUUAUAUAAAGUGUUUUGCUAAGAGUUAAAAAAAAAUUCUUAAAACCCAUAAGUGCCACUAGGAAGGAAAAACCCUGUAAAUACCUACAUUGAUCCAAGAAAUUUUUACAGCAGGACCCAGCAGAACAUUGUUUUCCAGGAGGCAUGUGUGAGGGUGAGUUUUUGGAUUCAUGCCAAGUGUGUUGCACAACUUGUGAAUCUGGAGCUCCUGUGAGUGUGUGCCCAGGGCAGGCUGUGAGGUCCCAGUCGUGGGUGUGCUUUUCCUGGGAUUCUGGUGGAAUACACAGGAAACCAUGGUGGUUGCGCAGCCUCCCAAGUCACCUUCUGUCUACACUUAACCUAAAAGCCCAGAUACUGCCCCAUUUCAGGAACUCACGAUCUUCCUUCUCUUGAUCCCAGGUGAAUGCAUCUGAAAACGGCCAGCUCCCACCAAGUAGUGUUCUGGCACUUCAGAGGUUACCACUUGGUUUAGCCUCUCCAUAUCUGUCCAUGUAUCCCAUUGCUUCUGCACUCACUUUACCCGUGUAUCCUCCAAAUGCCCAUAAAUAUCCACCCCUUCCUAGAUGGCAUCAAAUUUCAUUUUAGGUUUUAGGUGACUCAUGAUGGCCACUUUGCCUAUCAGAGAAAAUCAUUGGCAAGCAUACACGCCCUUGAACUUUAAUUUUGUGAAUUCUGCUAAUCACUGUGUCACUAUGUUAGACUUAAUUUUCUAGUGGCUACAUCACAUAUUUUUAACUUGAAUAUUUUUUUUUUUUUUUUGGGGGGGGACAAUAGCUGAAUGUAAAUAGGGAGGAGGAAGUGAGCGGAGUUAGGACUUUUCUCCAUCCAGAACUGCCCUCUGGGGCUCCUUUAGUAACACGUGGAGCCACUUUCCUGUAGGAGAAGCGGAUGGUAGGAGGCGUCCCUAAUAAUAGUUCUGUUUCUGUAAUUUUGGGCAAUAAUGUGUAGGAUUACAUAUCUGUUCCUUUGUAGGCAGGAAAGUCUCUGUUAACCUCUCCUUUUCUUUCUUCAUUCAUUGGACAAAUAUUUAUUGAACACCUCCUAUGUGCCAGGCACUGUGCCCCUUGCGGGGGAUACCACUGAGUAAGACAGACAAGGGCCCUACUCUCGUGGAGUUGACUUCUGGUGGAGGAGACAGAUGAUAAGCAAGUAAACAAAUAACGUAGUGUGAGAUAGUGAUUUAAGUGCUAUGGAGAAAAUAACCUAGGGUGGUGAUUUAGAGCGGUGGGGGGGUGGGGGUGGGGGGCGGCGGUAGAUAGCGGUCAGGGAGGCCUUUGUGCGGGCGAGGGCGGUGCGGGAAGGCUGUGGAGCACAGGUGCCCAGCUUUCGCAGGUGGGGCGGCCCUGCGGUGCGCAGUGGGCGGAGCAGAAGGCGCUGCCCGGCGGUGAGUGUAGUGAGCAGCGGGGCGGGGGAGAUGCUGAACCCUCAGUAUCCUGAAGUUUAUAGGCCACCUUUUUUUUUUUUUUUGGCUACAUUGAUACUGAAAACUCAUGUGGAGGAACCCCAGGAAUGUUUAGAAGACCAAAAGUCCCCAAUGACAACAAAAAGCAACUAAGUUUGAACUUUGUUUCUCUCCUCAUUCUGUUUUCAUUGAUUUCCCACAUGCAGUCCUUUUUGCUCAGGAAGUCUUUGGGGGAAAUUAAGGCUUUUUGAAAGCUCUGAACUGGGUGAUCAGGUUAGCAGUGUCUGUCCACUAUCUUGAGAGGUUGGAAAAUGAACUACCCGAAAUAGUCACCGAAAUACGAAACAAAGCUUGAUUUUCUCUUCAUAUUUGAAUUAAUUUCUUCUGUUUGACUGGAAGGGGUUUUUGUAUAACUAAAACCUCAGCGCAUAAAGGAGAUUUAAAAGGGGCACAUAACUGAGUGGGUGAAGGUAGAAGAUGGGAUUUGGGGGGGGUACAUGUGUUAACAUCUGAAUUUUCAUCUGGAUAACUGUUAACAAGCCUUUGGGAAGUCACUUCACAUAAUUUUCCUCCUUUUUGCGAAGAGAGGGCUGGCUUAGUUAUUUGAUAAAGCCCCUUCCAGACCUGAAUUCCUCGACUACGAUUUACUGUAGUGUCUUAACCCUCUUUCAUGUCACAGUAGUGUGGAGCAUUAGAGAAAAGCCUAGACUUUUAGUUGAUAGCGAGCCAGUUGAAAUAUCACUGAUAGAAUUUUAGUUUUAGGGAAAAUUGGUUUGAUUUCUAGCUUUAUUACUAUUAGGUAUGUGAGCUUGGGCAAAAUCACUUAAUCUUUGAGUCUAGUUUUCUCACAUACAAAAUGAGGACAUUAGGCUAAAUGAUUUCCGAGUUUCCAGCUAGUCCUAGAGUUCUAUAUUUCUACAUAGUUGAAUUAUUUUAUCAUGCUGUUGCUGGGGAAUAUGACUAACACUUUUGAAGCUACUAAUUUUACGUCGAGCUUUAAAGUCCAUAAUUGUUACUUUUGGAAAAUAUUAUUUGACCUACAGUAUGUCCAAAUCAAUUUAAUAAAAUCACUUUAUAACAGGG